UCUCUUUCUCUUUCUCAUACCAGCACGUGACUCACGUCCUCCCUCCCUUCCUACCCCACCCUUUUCUCUCUCCUCCAUUUCAAUUUUCUCACUUUCUUUCAGAUCAUCUUCAACAUUAACAAAUUAAUUCACUCUCUAAUAAAAUCGAAAUCAAUAAAUCUUCCAUUUUUCAUUUCUCUCUUCUUUCUUUUGGAUCCGACUACUGGGUUUUCUCAUCAAUCUUCCGAGUUUUACAUUUUUGCGCACUCUCAAUUCUCCAUUGAAGAAGCUUCUGAGUUUUCUCUCUCCAUUCAAACCAGAUUCUGAGGCUGUGUGCCUCAAGGUCAUGGGAUGCAAAAUUAAGCCAAUGAUUUGUUGUUUUGAUACGACAUCUGGAUGGGAAGGGGUUUUUAUGGGGUAAUAAGUGGGGGCGAAAUGGUUUUGCAUUCCAAAUAUUUGACAACAUGGAAGAGACACAUGAUGAUACUGGGCAAACAGAACUGGGGUCUUCUAAUUCUACCUGGUGGGAUUCAGAUUUUGUGGAAGAUUUUGGAUCGGUUUCUUUGACUUCUCAAGAACGCAAGGAAGCCAUUAGACACAAUGAGCAGGAUGAGCAGUUCUCUGAGACAGCAUCUCAGAUUCUCUGGAGCACUGGAGUGCUCUCUGAAGCUAUUCCAAAUGGCUUUUAUUCUGUUGUUCCGGAUAAGAAGCUUAAGGAGAUGUUUGAUCGUCUUCCUACGCUAGAUGAGCUUUCUACUUUGGAAGCUGACGGCCUCAGGGCUGAUAUAAUUCUUGUAGAUGCCCAGAGGGAUAAGAAACUUCAUAUGUUAAAGCAACUUAUAACGGCUUUAGUUAAAGGAUUAAACUCAAAUCCGGCUGCUAUAAUAAAGAAGAUUGCUGGAUUGGUUUCUGAUCUCUAUAAACGUCCUAAUUUGGAAUCCAGUCCUGUGAAGUCUCUUCUAGAGGAAGCUUCUCAAGGUUCCAUGUCUCGUGGGGUUCAGUUGCUUGGUCAAAUAAAAAAUGGUUCAUGUCGUCCUCGUGCAAUUUUAUUCAAAGUUCUGGCAGAUACUGUUGGUCUAGAGAGUAAGCUUAUGGUGGGAUUGCCCAAUGAUGAAAGAAUUGAGUGUGCAGAUUCAUCUAAGCAUAUGUCUGUGGUAGUAGUAUUGAAUUCAGUGGAACUUCUGGUUGAUCUCAUGAGGUUUCCUGGUCAACUGAUUCCUCGAUCUACCAGGGCUAUUUUUUUAACCCAUAUUUCCGCAGCAGGGGAGAGUGACUCUGCAGAAAAUGAUUCUUGUGACUCUCCACUUGAGCCCAACAGUCCUAUGUGUGGAUUUUCUGAAAGAGUUGAUCAAGAAAGUGCAGAGAAAGAUGAUACUGGUCAAUUCGCGAGGAGGUUUGAUAUGAAUGCUGCUGGUCCUUCGCUGCAAAAUAGAGUGCUUAGAACUGCUACUCUUGAAAGAAGAUUGAGUUUAUCACAUAGUGAACCGAACAUCGCGACUACAUUUUGGAGACGGAGUCGGAGGAAGGUCAUUGCUGAACAGCGGACUGCUAGUUCAAGUCCUGAGCAUCCUUCACUUCGCGCGCGAGGUCGGUCAAUGCUUGGUGGUGAAAGAAAAACCUUUAGAGAUUUUGCUGAUGAUGCUGAUUCAUCAAGAUCAGUUGGUGUACCAACAUCUGAAGCUCGUAGAUUACGACGAAGGAGCAUCAGCAUCACCCCAGAAAUUGGUGACGAUAUCGUGAGGGCUGUGCGAGCAAUGAAUGAGACGUUGAAGCAAAACCGUAUUUUGAGAGAUCGGGGUGAGGACAGGUCUCUUCCCACUUCGCCCAGCAGUACUAACGCUGGUGUCAAUCCUGAGACAAAUGCUUCUGAUUUCCGUCUUGGGAAUCGAGAUGAAAUUUCUGGGGCCAGAUCUGCUUUAUAUGCUCUGCAUGGGGAGCAAAGUACUCAAAAAGCUGUAUCACUACCAUCAUCUCCUCAUCAAUACAUGAGUCGAACCUUAGAAAGGAAUAUGACAUCAGGACAGGCUCCAAGUGAUGAAAUGGUGUCAACAUGGAAUAAAAUUUUGGAAGCGCGCAUGUAUCGUGACAAAUCCCUGCUUCCUUAUGAUGAAUGGAAUAUUGAUUUUUCUGAGUUGACUGUUGGAACUCGUGUUGGAAUCGGAUUCUUUGGGGAAGUUUUUCGAGGAAUAUGGAAUGGGACGGAUGUUGCCAUCAAAUUGUUUUUAGAGCAGGAUCUGACUUCUGAAAACAUGGAGGACUUCUGCAAUGAAAUAGCUAUUCUUAGCCGCCUUCGACACCCAAAUGUUAUUUUGUUUCUUGGUGCUUGCACAAAACCACCACGCUUAUCAAUGGUCACAGAAUACAUGGAAAUGGGUUCUUUGUAUUAUCUGAUCCACCUGAGUGGUCAGAAGAAGAAGCUUAGCUGGCGGAGGAGAUUAAAAAUGCUACGUGAUAUAUGCAGAGGGUUGAUGUGCAUACACCGAAUGAAGAUUGUUCACCGUGAUUUGAAGAGUGCUAACUGUCUUGUGAACAAACAUUGGACAGUAAAGAUAUGUGAUUUUGGAUUGUCAAGGAUAAUGACAGACUCACCCAUCGGAGACUCUUCAUCUGCUGGAACUCCUGAAUGGAUGGCUCCUGAACUCAUACGGAAUGAACCUUUUACAGAAAAGUGUGACAUAUUUAGCCUUGGUGUCAUCAUGUGGGAGCUCUGUACUCUGAGCAGGCCUUGGGAAGGUGUACCACCGGAAAAGGUGGUUUAUGCCGUUGCAAAUGAGGGUUCACGUUUAGAAAUUCCCGAAGGACCUCUUGGUCGGCUCAUUACAGAUUGUUGGGCAGAACCACAUGAACGACCAAACUGCAAGGAGAUACUUUCCCGCUUGCUUGACUGCGAAUAUGCACUUUGCUAAUUCACAUCCUUGUAUAGCGAGAGAAUGUUAGUUGAGGAAUAGAGUUGUCACCAUUAUUAUCAUGUUUCCGGCUCUCUUUGUUGUAAACUUAGUUGAUGAUAUUUCAAAUUUUGAAAUGGAAAAAGGGGAGAAUAUAAUUUGAAUUGCGAAGAGAAUUACAUCUUAGAGAAUUUCACAUCAGCAGUAAACUGUUGAAAGAGUUACA